AUGCGGCAGCCGGACCUGACGCCACCCGCCGACUCCCCGGCCUCGGCAUCCCCCACUCAACAAACCUCGUCGAAUCCCGGGACGCCAAUUUCACUCGGAACGGCCACCGGCUCUUCACAGCCCGCUCCCGCUCCGCAGCCUCAGGGAUACACCGGCGUAGGUCGCAGGUCACAUAAGAAGAGUCGCACCGGGUGCUCGAUAUGUAAAGCGAGGAAGAUCAAGACCUAUCGUACCCUCUGCGCUGAUCCAUGUCUUUGGGAGUUUUGGCGAGAUGACGUCGUCCAGCUAGGCUUUUCGUGUGACUACAUCAUGCGAGCCCUCUUGGCUGUUAGUGCGUUGCACCUAGCCUUCCACCGGCCCGACCGUCGUGAUUUUUACAUUGAGGAGGGUGUCCUCUUACACCAACAAGCGUCUCGUUUAGCCAUGCUCGUGGUGAAGGCCAGUACGAAGAUCGACAAGCAGCAAGCAGCCAGCUUUUUCCUGUUCAGCAUGCUAACUAUCUUCUUUGCCCUCGCUUCCCCGCGCCGUUCCAACUCUGAUGGCACUUUCUUUAUCGGCGAGUCCGGCUUCCCCGACUGGGCUUUCCUCCUUUCCGGCGGAAAGUCCGUCAUGGACGCCCUCGGCGAACCCGGUCCCGACACCGUUGCCGGGCCAUUUCUCCGCUACGGUUAUACCCGCUGGAAUGCCCAACGCGCUGCCCUCGAUGCGCGUAAACACCACAGCCUGUCGGAUCCCACGUCCACAAACGAUGUAUCCGCUCCACUACCCCCCUACCAACCUCUCCUCGGACCCCUGCGCUCCCGUGUCCACGCCGCGGUCUCCGACCCAGCACUCCUCGGCACCUACACCCGUGCCCUCGACCAACUCGAACUUUCCCUCGCUUCCCGGGACCUCCCGGAUGCCCCGCGCGACUCACUCGAUGCGAUGGUCUGGCUGUGGAUGGUCUCAGACGAGUUCAUGCCCCUCUUGCGCGCGCCGACGCAAGAAGCCGUUGCCAUCUUUGCACAUUUUGGCGUGCUGUUGAAACACCAUGAGACCCAUUGGUGGCUGAAAGGAUGGGGGGAUCAUAUUGCGUGGAUUGAGUGGCCGCUGAGCGAGCUAGGUUGGGUUGAUGGACAGCCUCCAGCACUGUCGCCCUCAGUGGCGAUGGGUGGGCAGGGGCAACUACAUGAAGAGAAACCGGGGUCGGGGUAUGAGGUACAGAUGGAAGGGUGA